AUGAGAAACGUAUGCCAACGAUUCAAUGAGAUCGUAGACAGUUAUCCUCGAUACCAGACACUCACUUCAUUGGAUCUCUCAUACAGUCAAAUCGAAGAUGUUGGAGCAGAACAUUUAGCUAAUGUAUUACAAUACAAUACGACACUCACCACACUAUGCCUCUGGAAUAAUAAAAUCGGAGAUGCUGGAGCAGAACAUUUGGCUGGUGCAUUAAAAUACAACACAACAUUAACUACACUCGAUUUUAAGGAAAAUGAAAUCGGAGAUGCUGGAGCAGAAUAUUUGGCUGAUGCAUUACAACAUAACACAACAUUCACUGUACUAGAUCUUGAAUAUAAUCAAAUCGGUGAUGUUGGAGCACAACAUUUAGCAAAUGCAUUACAACAAAACACAACUCUCACUUCAUUGAAUCUCACAUAUAAUCGAUUGGGACAUGUUGGAUCAGAACAUUUGGCUGGUGCAUUAAAACAUAACAAAACACUCACUAUGCUUUAUCUGAAAAAUAAUGAAAUCGAAGAUGCUGGAGUAGAAUAUUUGGCUGAUGCAUUACAGCACAAUAGAACACUUACCACUCUAGAUCUUGAGGAAAAUGAAAUCGGAGAUGUUGGAGCACAACAUUUAGCUAAUGCAUUACGACACAAUAAAAGGCUUACAACACUAAAUCUCUCAAUUAACCAAAUCGGAGAUGUUGGAGCACAACAUCUCGCUGAUGCAUUACAAUACAACCCAGUAAUUUUCAUUCUCUCUUAA